AUGGAGGAAGUGGUGGAGCGUGUGGUGAACGAGAGCGCUCUCACCUGUGCCCUGCCCACCACCGUCCCACACGCGUACCGCCUCGGGGGUCCGGUCAGCUCGCUUACCUACAGCCUCCCGCUACAGGUGCUGCAGCCCAGGCCGCACUUCUCUCUGGAUGUGAAGACUCGAUCUCAUGAGGGGCUGCUGUUCUUCACUGGGACCAGAGGGGGGCGUGCUCACCUCGCUCUCUACAUGUCCAAGGGCAGGAUCAGACUGUCUGUGGCCAAAGAGAAGGAGAUCUUCAACCGAGAGAAGUACAAUGACGGAAAGUGGCACUCAGUCAUGUUCAGUCUGGAGAAGAAAAAGUUCCGGCUGGUUGUGGAUGGCAUCAGAGCCCUGGACGGUCAGCUCACCAGUGCAGAGUUAACGUCCAUGCAGCAGUUUAUGUCUCCUGUUUACUUGGGCAGUGUACCUGAAGGACUCCAUCAACAACUGAAGACUAAAGCUCUACCAAAGCACAGUGUGUCCGGCUGCAUUCGAAACUUCAAAAUGAACGGGGCAUCAAUGACGGAGCCCUCAGCCAAUCACGGCGCGGGGCCCUGCUUUGAGGGACAAACGCAGAAGGGGGCCUAUUUCUCAGGGAGGGGUGCUCAUGUCAUAGUCAAUGACACGUUCGUCUUGGGCUCCAGUUUCGAGCUGCUGUUUAACAUUCGACCCAGAAGUCACUCUGGGUUACUGUUGUACGUGGGGGAACCCAGCAGAUACGGCGGGGACACCAGCCACUCCCUCUCGGUCUAUAUGCUCAGAGGAGAGGUUGUGGCAAAAGUAACUAAUGGCAAAGGGGAGUUCAUGGUGUCGGUUAAGCCAAAGAGCACGUUGUGUGAUGGGAUGUUUCAUAAAAUAUCAGUGAUCAAGAGGAAAAACGUUGUGCAGCUUCAUGUGGACACGGUGGAUAAUUACAAGAUCGGACCACCUUUAUCCAUCACACCUCUGACCAAAAACCCCCUCUACGUGGGCGGCAUUCCUGAGCUGAGUAGAAAGCACGUUCUCCCAGUCUCCGCGUCCUUCGUGGGCUGCAUCGACGACAUGACCAUCAACAGUGAGCCGGUCCUUUUUAACAGACUCUCUGCUGUGGUCGGUUCAGUCAACCUCAAAGAAUGCCCCGCAGGAUGA